GACAUGCACAGUUUAGCAAAUUCAUAUGUAAGCAGCACAAUGGCAAAAGAACAUAAGCUCAUUUUUACUGGAUUCUUCAUUUUCAUCUCGGCACAGUGGACUUCAUGCGCAUCACCGGAUGAGCGCUAUGCUAGUCACUGGAACAACAAAGGGAAACAGGCUCUUCACACUGCUAUGAAUAUUCAGCCAAAUCUGCGCCAGGCCACAAACCUCAUCCUUUUCCUGGGCGACGGUAUGGGUAUACCAACAGUGACUGCUACCAGGAUCCUUAAAGGCCAGCUGGGAAAACAGUCAGGAGAGGAGAGCAGUUUAGUCAUGGAUACCUUCCCUCACCUGGCACUAUCAAAGACGUACAACGUGGACCAGCAGAUGCCAGACAGCGCUGGCACAGCAACAGCCUACUUAUGUGGUGUAAAAGCCAACUAUGGCACCGUGGGAGUCUCUGCUGCCACUCCAAGGAGUGAUUGUAAAGCUGCUCAUGGCAACGAGGUCACAUCUGUUCUGCACCGUGCCAAGAAAGCAGGUAAAUCUGUUGGAAUUGUCACAACUACAAGAGUGCAGCAUGCUUCACCUUCAGCCAGCUAUGCACACUCUGCUAACAGAGACUGGUACGCUGACUCUGACCUCACCUCUGAAGCCGUCCAAAACGGCUGCCGUGACAUYGCCUAUCAGCUGGUUCACAACACAGAGAUAGAUGUCAUUCUUGGUGGAGGUCGUAGGUACAUGUUUCCCGAAACUGAGAAAGACCCAGAAUAUCCAUCUGAGACUGGAUCCCGAAAGGACGGACAAAAUCUUGUUAAAGAGUGGGAAAAAAACAAAACGAGAGCUAAAUAUGUUUGGAACAAAGCUGAUUUUGACGCCRUCGAUCCUAAACAGACAGAUUUCUUGCUGGGUCUGUUUGAGCCCAAGGACUGCCGUUAUGAGCUGGACCGUGAUGCAGCCAUGGACCCUUCGCUUACAGAAAUGACAGAAAAGGCUAUUAGGAUUCUCAGCAAGAAUCCUAAGGGGUUUUUCUUAUUUGUGGAAGGGGGGAGGAUUGAUCAUGGUCACCAUGAUGGGAGAGCCAAAAUGGCUCUGCAUGAAGCUGUUGAGUUUGACAAUGCAAUUGGGCGAGCGGCCGAACUCACCAGUGAACUGGACACUCUGUCUGUUGUCACCGCUGACCACUCUCAUGUCUUUGCUUUCGGAGGGCAUUCUGCCAGAGGAAACCCUGUUUUUGGGGUGUCUCGUGGAUUGGCGGAUGACAAGAAGCACUUUACCACUGCUGUGUAUGGAAAUGGACCAGGAUAUCAGAUCGCCAAUGGAACCCGUCCUGAUGUGAAUGAAACAAUUUCAUCAACAAAAAAGUACCGCCAGCAGGCUCCUGUCCCCCUCGACUCAGAAACCCAUGGUAUAGAGGAUGUGGCUAUCUUUGCCAAAGGACCAAUGUCCCACCUUUUUCACGGAGUUCAGGAACAGAGCUACAUUGCACACGUCAUGGCUUUUGCUGCCUGCAUCGAACCCUAUGAAAACUGCAAUCUACCUGGCCAUGCUGGAGCUUUUUACCCCAGUCUGCUCCUCCUUCUAAUGGGCCUCUUCAUCACCCUCUCUGCCUGAGAUUACAGUCCCAGUAUUUGAUCAAAUGUUGGAUUAUCUGCCCAAUCUCUCAUUUUUGGUUGAAAUUUCGUACAGUGUGACGGAAUUAUUGAAGAAUUAUUCCUAAAGAGUGAAACAUAAAUUAUUCCUAAAGGUUUUGUAAAGAAUUUAAGUAUUACUGUUUAUGCACAAGUCUGAUACCACCGUUCCAAGUACAUUUUAUUUGUGCAAGUUGCAUCAUGAUAUUUAACACUAUUAAACUGUCCAAAACACAA